AUGGAUCGGAGGAUCACCUCAUCUGAUGACGCAGCUCAACAAGAUCUAGUAUUUGAAAUUCACGUUAUUUUUCCUGCUCAACAGUGUGCUUAUAAUUCUGCAAAAUCAAUGAAAAAGUUCACCCUUUGGGGAAGCUCAUGGAGACACAGGGAUUCAUUACUCUUGCUUUAUGAUGUGCUCAGUCAUGUUUCUCAUACUCCACCUGUAAGAGUAAGAACUGGUGGUUUUCAAGAUCUAGGUCCUAGUAAUCAAGGAGAAAGUAGUGAGAACAAUACAGUAACAGAAAUUUAUGAUAAUCUUUGUAAAGUUUUUGAUGGGUCCAGAUCAUAUACUGUUCAGACAACAAUAGGGUCCUCACCGGACCCCACAUCAUCUACUGGAUCUUUUGUAUAUGAUGUGGAAACGGAAACACCUGCCACAUUCUUUCAAGAUCGUCAUGGCUUUGGCUUUGACAACAGUGGAGAUUUAUCUGAUAUUCUAGAAGUUGAUGAUGCUGAUGUUGAUGAUAGAGUAAGUUUCUAUUUCUUUGCUUAA